CUUUAUUAAUCACACAAUAAUGGUAUCGAUCGAUACUUAAUACAUUUUUAGUAUCCUCUUGCUAUCGAAAAACGACAAGGACUUACGCCCUUUUUCUACCAAUCUCAGCGCUCCCCAAUAAAUAAGCUCCGCCCACAUGUCCGAACAAAUUCUCGACUAAGAAAAACCGGCCAGUCACUAAAAAGGCGCGAAAUAGCAUGUCACUCGCCUGUCAAAAUGUUUGACAUUCGUUGAUGAUAUUAUUAAAUUUAUUAAUAUUAAAGUGUUACAAAAAUAUAUACAGUUAUUACCAUUGUUAUUGUUUAUUAAAUAAAGUGCUUGUGAAUAUUUUAAUUAAUUUAUUUAAAGUGAUAAUUAAUAAAAUUUAAUUAAAGUGGUGAAACAAUAAAUAAAGUUUUUUUUUUAAAUUAAAUAUUAGUGAUGUGUUUACAAAAUAGUUUGUGCAUUUUAGUGAUAAAUUAGUCGAUUUUUACGGUGCCGCUAAAUGUCAAGUUACGGUAGUAUGUCUCCUUCCGACGAAGGUUUUGACAGAUAUGAGGCUCCGUACUACUGCCAGCCGUCGCAUCAAGGUAGUCCAAUGGACGGUGGAGUGUACUGGCCGGCCGCCAACGGCGAGGCUCACGAGUUCGAUGCUCAGGACGUGUACGAUACCACACAUUACAUAGGAAGAGGUUACGGCUAUGAAGAAAUGCAGAUGGUCGGCAACGAGCCCUACGAUACGUAUCACCACAAUAUACAACAUAGUUUCCCGCCAAAUAAUACAGGUCUAGACUGUGACCUGCAAUCCCUCCCCCUCCGCUACGACCGGCCAGCGCCCCCCUCCUUCGUGAGGGUCGCCAAGCGAAGGACCACAGCCAACAAGAAGGAGAGGAGACGGACGCAGAGCAUCAACACUGCAUUCUCAGACCUCAGAGACUGUAUACCUAAUGUUCCUCCUGAUACCAAGCUUUCUAAGAUGGUGCGAAAGAGAUCGCAGAGCAUCAAUAACGCGUUCUCGAGUCUGAGACAGCAUAUACCCAAUGUUCUUCCCGACACUAAGAUGACAAAGAUCAAGACCCUGCGGCUGGCCACCUCGUACAUCUCCUACCUUCUGAAGGUGCUGGAGACGGAUGGAGAGCCCGCGGGGGGGUUCCGAGCUGAUCUGCAUCAUACUCCUCCUAGGAGACGGACUGGUGAAGGGAAUCAGCAAUCAUCAUCAGCAGAGAAGAGAGGCAAGGGCCGCACCGGCUGGCCGCAACAUGUGUGGGCUCUAGAACUCAAGAGCGAACAGAAUUUACAAAGUUAAUACUCAUUCACAUAGUACUAGCUGUUUCUGAAUGUUUUACUUGUUACAACUUUCUGCAAAAUCAAAAUCAAAAGUCAUCAUCUUCUGAGCCUUUUUCCCAACUAUGUUGGGGUCGGCUUCCAGUCUAACCGGAUGCAGCUGAGUACCAGUGCUUUACAAGAAGCGACUGCCCUGCCUGACCUCCUCAACCCAGUUACCCGGGCAACCCAAUACCCCUUGGUUGGUCAUCAAAAUCAAAAGUCGUCAAGUGCUAACGGCUGAACAGUUUUGAUUGAUUUUGAUGAAACUUGGCAGCACUAUAGAUUGUACUGUUUAUUUUUUACCCUCAAUAAUUUUGUACAUAAUAGGUAUACCUAUUACCUACAGUGCAAUGAUUAAUAAAAUAAAGAUAAAACCGCAAUAUGUAUUAAUCGUUUAAGUAUUUCUUUGCCAAAAUAAUUUUGUACAUAUAUACCUAGAGUGCAAUGAUAAAUAAAAUAAUAAAGCCUUCUUGCAUGAAAAAUCUCAACUAAUAAACUGAAAAGGUAUAAAUAAGACAACAACUUUUCUAUCUAUUGGUACCCCAAUUGCUAUUGAUCAAUUUGUUUCUGCUUUUUCAAUUUGUUUGUAGAGAUUUUUUAACGAUGAUAGUGAUAAUACUAAAAAAAAUACAGUUCAUACUAAGAUCCAUUUAUAAUUGUGACAAGUCGUAAUUUUAUUGAAAUGAUUAAAGUAAAUAUGAUAUUAUUGUAUCUAUUAAUUAAGUUAAUUUAAUUAUAAUUAUGAAUGUACUUAAUGCAACGUAUUAUACCAAAGACUUUAGUGCCAAAUAUAUCUCUAUGUAAAUACCGUU